AUGUUUGCCGAGUCCCUUAAAAAGGCCGAGUCGGAGCGUGACGAUGCUCUUCGUAGGCUUCAAUUGACGUCAAAGGAGGUGGAGUUUCUUCGGGCUCGGGCGCGUCAAGAUGAGUCGCGUCGUGCGUCGUUUUCCUGUCUGCCAGAACCAAUUAGGAGCGGACGGAGAAGUCCAUGUAGGGUUCGACCAACGUUCUGUGAUGUUGCUGGGUCGGCUGAUGGGAGUUUGGCAGCGGAGGUUGGUGCUUCUUCUGGGUCCCCUAUGGGGAGGGCUGCGUCCGUUCGCGAUGACUCUAUUCGACAAAAUGACUCUGUUGCUAUGAGCAGUAGAACAGGUUCCUCUUUACUUACGUGGACUCGGCAUCGUUGCACGCUUGGUGAAGCUUGGUCUUCUCUUGUCAGUCAGUGCCCCCAGCUGGUGGAGGACGUAUUUGUGAUGGAAGUUCACCGCGCGGCGUCCGUGCCUGUUGAGAAUAUUAGACGAGUUGAGUUUUUGCGUAGCGGUUCUGUCGUUGACCUUGAAGUGUGCCACAGUGGACAUUGCGAGGCAGUCAACGAAUGCUUGGAGCGUCACCCGUUUAAUACAAUGGCUCAGCUGCUGAAAACUACUCAUCCAUCGAUUUCCCCUACGAUUUCCACAUCUGGUGACUCGGUCUCCGCAGUGAGUCAACAGCUGAUUCAAAUGAAUGAGCAACUGCAGCAGCAGCUACUUAUUGCUCAGCUGGAGUUGGAAAAGCAUCGCCCUAAUCAGAGAGCGAGCCAUGUCUUAAAUGAAGACUCAACCGUAAAAGAGUUAGAGCUCUUUCGGAGUCGGCGGGUUCUUUCCAAUAGCAUGCGUGGACUGGAAGAAACGUUGUUGCCUUCAUUCACUUUGCAGAAUAAUCUGGACCCAAAGCUGGCGGUGGACCCAUCCAUACUACGGCGUGAGCCAAUAUAUUGUGUGACGUUGGAUGAGUACCGCAGCAUCCUUCAGCAGACCUCUCCAGCGUGGCACUCCGAAACGGAGGAAGACGAGGGGCACACACGGCUCUGGAAUGAGCACGUAGUUGCCAGGGCGGAGGAAGAGCGGCGGUUCACGGACCAACUGCGUCAGCUUGCUCCCCAGUACUGUCGUCGAAACGACGAUACAGUGUAA